AUUUUCCGACAACAAUAUUAUUUUUAUUGCUGUUAAAUAACAAAAGAACAAUGUGGUUUGUAAUAAUAUGUCUGGCGAUAGUAUUUACAAUAAAAAUCCUGCACGACUGGCGACGAUCAUCAAAGUUUCCUCCAGGACCCCGCGGUCUGCCGAUCGUAGGAAACAUAUUCGACGUGAAACGUCUGGUCGAUGAGACAAAGUUUUAUUCUCAUGCUUUGUGUCGUCUAGCCGACACUUACGGCCCCAUCGUCGGCUUAAAACUCGGCAUAGCCGAACCGCUGAUCAUUGUUUCCGGUAGGGAUGCUGUGGUUGAAAUGAUGGGUCGACCUGAGUUCGACGGUAGGCCAGAUGGAUUUUUAUAUAAACAUCGAACAGGGGGUGAGCGAAGAGGUAUAAUAUUUACCGAUGGCGAUAUCUGGCGAGACCAAAGGAGAUUUAUUCUGCGAACAUUAAAAGAAUUUGGAUUUGGAAAACUGGCGAUGGAAGAUAUAAUAUUAAACGAUGCAGUUUCUUUAACCAGCAUAAUAGAAUCGCUGGCUAAAUUAGGACCCAUUACAAACUUACACAAUAUUACCUCCAUAGCAGUCCUUAAUAGUGUGUGGACGUUAAUCGCUGGAUCGAGAUUCGACUUGGACAAGGAAAAUCCAAAAUUAAGAGAAAUUAUAUCAGUGGUAAACGAUCUUCUCAGAAACAGCAAUGUCACUGGCGGUAUAUUGACCCAUUUGCCUCUUUUAAGAUACAUAAUCCCAAACUCUACCGGAUUUACCGUAUUAAAUCAGAGACUGGCACGAAUGUCACAAUUCUUCAGAGUAAUUAUAUAUAUAUAUAUUUUUUUAGCGAUGUUAUUUCUGUCUAUACAAGAUAUCUUAUUUCAGAGGGAAAUUGCAACACACAAACAAACUAGAACGCACGGCGAAUUUAGAGACUUUAUCGAUGUUUACCUAGCGGAAAUGGAGCAAUCAAAAUCGAUUAUAUCGUGCUUCGAUGAGGAGCAAUUAAUUAGCGUCAUGAAAGACCUCUUUACCGCUGGUGUAGAAACGACGAACAACAUAAUUGGCUUUAUAAUAACGUAUCUCGCAGUGAGGCAGGAUGUUCAAGAAAGGGUGCACGAGGAAAUUGAAAGAGNGUUGGGCAAGGAAGUUCUACCUCGUAUAGCGUACAAAAAUCGACUACCGUACUUGAAUGCAACGAUAGCGGAGGUAUUAAGACUAGCGAAUGUCGGCCCUACUUCAAUUCCUCAUCGAGCAAUGACUGACGCUAUUCUACUCGGCUAUGAAAUAAAAAAAAAUUAUACCUUGCUGGCUAAUUUCAGAAGCGUUCAUAUGGACGAGAAACAUUGGGGCGAUCCAAAAGAGUUUCGGCCUGAAAGAUUUAUUGACGAUAGAGGAGAAUAUGUCGAGGACCCCUGGUUAAUACCAUUCGGUUUAGGUCGUAGAAAGUGUUUGGGCGAGAUCUUGGCAAGAAACAGUGUAUUUCUGUUCACUGCGUGUCUGCUGCAAAAAUUUCAGUUUACGUUAUCUCCGGAACAUCCUACUCCGAUUUUAGACGGUGUCGACGGCUUUACAAUUUCACCACCUGAUAUAUGUAUUAAUGCUAUCAAAAGAAAAUGACUACUUCAUUAAUGUAUGCGUUAUGUUAAUAUAUAUAUUAAUGUAAAAUCAUAUAUAUUAAUACACAUAUAUAUUAAUGUAAAAUCUGUACAUU